AUGCGUAUAUAUAUGAGGCGGUGCACGCGGCUGAUAUGAGGUUUGGUAUUCCAUGCAGCAGCCUCCCACCCACGCGCCGCUAACGCCCACGCCAGGAUCUGCGUCACGCAGGCGCGUGGGAGUGAGAGAGCAAUGUAGCAAGCGCGGAAUAUCCCAAUUCUGGCAGUAGGGGAGAGAGCGGAAACCAACUAGUUAGAGAGUCCCUCCGUAGUUCAAACUACAGAGCGUGUGCGAGUUCAUUCAAUAACAGAGAGCCGAGGGACGCGUCGCUUACUCGCAGAACGCGCGCAACUGGACGUCAGGUGAAGCGUCGCGUAACUGAAAGGACCAUCAUAAUUCAGAACUUUAAUAAUCAUACAAACAGGCGCCGCUUUUGGAAGAGUUUUGGUGGAAAAGACAAAGGAGGAAAACAAAAAGGUAUGGCAGCGACUUUACCCAGAACCCUUGGGGAGUUGCAGCUCUACCGCAUCCUUCAGAGGGCCAACCUGCUGUGCUACUAUGACGCCUUCAUCCAGCAGGGUGGCGAUGAUGUUCAGCAGCUCUGUGAGGCUGGCGAGGACGAGUUUCUCGAGAUCAUGGCGCUCGUAGGCAUGGCCAGCAAGCCACUGCAUGUCAGACGCCUACAGAAAGCUCUGCGCGAUUGGGUCACAAACCCUGCCCUGUUCAAUCAGCCCCUCACGUCUCUUCCUGUCUGCAGCAUUCCUGUCUACAAGCUGCCAGAAGGGUCACCCACACUGUUGCCUGGGAAUGGCGCGCGUGGAGACACCCAAGUCAAAGUGCCCAAGUGUUUGGCAGCUGCUUGCGUGGAUCCCGGAAAAGGAGAAACAGGCAACGGGAACUCUUCAGCCACUGUUUCGCCCCUCCAGAGUGGCAGCGAGCCACGUUUUUGGGCCAGUCAUGGCACGGAGAGCGAGCACAGCCUGUCCCCGGCAGAACUGGGCUCUCCGUCUUCCCCUCGGGACGGCCUGGAGGCACUGGACGCAGCUGCUGUUCAGUCCGUGGCAGAGUGCGUGGAAAGAAUCACUCAGACUUUGCCCAAGAGUGACCCUGGAGAGGUUAAAGAACAGUUGAAGGGAAAUAAGAAACUUGCCAAAAUGAUCAGCCACAUUUUUGAUAUGAGUGAUGAGGAUCCACACAGGGAAGAGGAAAUCCGCAAGUAUAGUGCUAUAUAUGGCAGAUUCGACUCAAAAAGGAAGGAUGGGAAGCAUCUGACUCUGCAUGAGCUGACGGUGAAUGAGGCUGCAGCACAGCUUUGUAUGAAGGAGGUGGCAUUGCUGACUCGCAGAGAUGAGCUUUUCGGACUGGCCCGUCAGGUCUCCCGAGAGGUCACCUACAAAUACACCUACAGAACCAGCAAAUCUCGCUGCGGUGACAGAGAUGAGCCGUCACCCAAGAGAAUUAAAACUGAGGAGGGAUGUUUCGACCUCCAGGAGGCGCUGCAGGCUAUUCACAUGCGCCAGGAGACCCUUAAGGAGCAGCUAGCCCACGCCAGAUCUAAAGGAGAAGAGACGGUUGGGCGGAACAUCCAGGUUCAGCUGGAGCGUCUGUUGGCCAAGCAGAUGGAGAUACUGCAUGACGCCGCGGCUCAGGACAGACUGCAGGCUCUAGAGUGGAGGGUUCCACCAGGGCCCUACAAACGCAGCACGGACAGACAGAACAGCAACGGGCUCUCCGCUGACAAAAACACCGACCAGCAGGGAGAGAGGCCGCUGAAUCUGAGGGUGACCAGCCAGAGGACGAGCGCAUCAGACGGAGACACGCCUCUCGGAAAGCAGCUGGCCAAUGAGUUGAAGAGGCAUCAUCAUGCUAAUGCUGAGAGCAAGACGCCAGCAGCCACAGAAAACGGCGGAGACGCACGUGCCCUCAACCUCUCUGAGAAGAAGACCAUUAAGUCAGAGCCAGAGGAUUCCAGAUAGCAGCCCCGGAUGCUUUCGUUUCAAACCUACAACAAUACACGUCGUCUGUCAGUGAAUACUAAAAAUAAGCACAACUACAGAAAAGCCUUAACCAAUGUUGCCUCAAAAAAGAGUUUAGUGUAGUUUCUCGUCCAUUUUUGUUUUUGCCAAAGCACCUAGAGCCCUUAUUUCCAUUCUCCUGAGUAGUCACUGACUGUACUUGUUUAAUUCUCUUUAGCUAUCAUCACUUGUUUUUAUGCUCUCCUAUCGAUGUGGACCACGAAGUCCGCUGUUUGUACAUACAUAGAAAAUGUCUGUUUUGAAAAUGGUUAAAUGUUAUUUAAAUACAGUAUGUGUUGUAUGUAUAUAUAUGAAUGCAUGUAAAAUAUCACAGAAACGGAGGGACGCAGCGUUUUUAAAGUUGUUCGUAUAAGCAGCUAUUGUUGUCGCCUUUUUAAGUAAGCCUCCUGGAUUGUGUUUCUCUUUAAAGACCCCAUGCAAUCAACUUCAUUUCCUGUAUUGACUAUUUCCUAUUAUCAAAUGGUUUGCCCCUUUUUUAAAUAGCCUGUAGGCUUUAUUUACACCAUAAAUGGUUAUUUGCUGCUUGCUAUUGCUAUUUGAUAGCAAUAUUGUCAUUCUAGAGAGCAUUUAUUUCGACAGAAAUAUUAGGGCUGCACGAUAUAUGAAAAUAUUAUUGAUAUUGCAACUUGGCUGAAUGCAGUAGUCAAAUCCUCAAAGCUGUGAUUUUAUUAAAUAUAUGCACUGCGUGUUUCAGAGUGAAACCUGGCACUGUGCACUUUCACAAGUAAAUGUUAAUUUCGACAAAAAUGAAGAAAUUAAGAUGUAAAUAUUAGUAUUGUAAUAUUACAGUAUUUCAAUUUUAUUAAAUACUUAUUUUAUAGUACAUUCGUAUUAUUGCAACAUUUUAAAAAUUUAAAAGUAUGAUUUUAUAGUCAUAUUAAAUGCAUCAAAAACAGUGGCAAUGUGACCUAUUAAUUAUUAUUAUUUUAUUUUUUUUAAGUGAACUCUGGUCACUUUAUGGUUUCAGAAAGAUGUUUCAGUUUGUUCUUGUAAAGACUACCCUGGUGCGAACAAAUGUUUUUCACGAAUUGUUCAGUAAGUAAUCAAAGUAAUUUUUCAGCUUUUAAAAAUAAUUUUCAGUUUCUAUUCAGAUGCCCUCUCCACAAAAAUAAAAUACAAUAUUGCAAUGUAAUUUUUUUUCCCAUUAUCGUGCAGCCAUAAUCAAUAUUUAGAAUUGUUUAAACCAGAUGUGAAAGAAAUGUUGUUUUUUUUAUUUAAAAGUGAACUUUGUGACUAGUACACUAUAGAUGAUGCAUAGGGACUAAAAACUCUAAUUUUGAUCUCAUGGGGUCUUUAAGGAAGUCAUCUUUUCCUCUGUCGGUUUCUGAUUGCAGUGCUAACGAAUCUGAAUUUAAAGAUCUCUACUAUGGUGCUAUGGCUGAAUUUAAUUGCGUAACGAGGAAAACGGCAGUAUGCGUUGCUAUUUAAACACUGAAAUCUCGGAGCCAGACUUUUGGCCUCCUUGUCAUCUUGAACGAAUAGUAUUGCCUGAUUUAUUACGAUACUAAGCACAAGUAAUAUCUUUCAUCGUUCUCUAAAAUGCUAAUAUAUACAAGCAUGUCUCCUCUCCUGACCAAUAGUCAUGUAAAUAUUUUCAAAACAUUCGCCACUGUCUGGACUUGAAAACAAAUCAUUACUGCACCAUUCCAGUCUUUAUCACAAUCAUGUAAUGUAUUUGUAUUUCUGAAUAUUUAGUCGUAGAGCAAUACCGGAUAGCUGUUGUCACUUAACUCAGUGAACAUGUCUAGGUGUCCCAGCUUCAGAGGACAUUCACUGUACAGUAUUUCUACUCUGUUUUCGUAGUGUGGACAUAGUCUUAGAUUCAGCUAACGUGCAAAUGUAUGUGAAACUGAUAUGCACUAGUGUUUGAUUCUCGAAUUUGCAUCCUACUGCUCGACAUUUCUCGUGUUUCUCAAUGGUGAUACAUGUUUUGUAGGACUUGUACCCGUGAAAUCAUCAAGUCUCAAUCUUUAUGUAGUUUUAGAGUAUCAUGUGAGGUGAAGUAGGCACAAGAUAAUCAGGUUUUCCAGUUACAUAUCUGUAAUGUACCGGUCAAGCUGUUAUAUAAUCUGUAUUUGCGUCAAUGACAAAUACCUCUCUAUAUCGGAACAAGGAGGCCGAUUUUUUAUGUCCUGAUCAUACACUUCAGUAUUUCGAGGGAAUAUGUGGAAAUAUUGUGUGCUUUUAUUUUUUUAUGAUUCUUUUUAGAGAUUCAAGAGGUCUCAAGUAUGCAAAAUCUUAAUUUAAGUGCCAUUUUAAACCUAUUUUUGAGAGUGUGCGAUAAGUUGAUAGGUCAUGAGUCGUCGCGUGUGAUAAAGACAAGCGUUAUGUGAAUAUUUAUCUACACUCGUUUUGCCUUAGUUUAAAGCAUUCCAUGUUACAAUUCUUCACUGGUAGUUUAUUUUGGAUGUUCGUUUUAGGUGGAAUAUGAAAUGAGAUUUGGGAAGUUGUAUGAACAUCUGAGACUUAAAGCCUUGGCAAUAUCAAGCUCUCUAAAAGCACUGGAACAAAUUUUGCUUUGGAAAAAAACAGUUUGAUGAAGAAAAAAUCUGAUUGGACCUUACUGAUUACAUCGUUACCAAUGACCUAUAUAGCAAGACAUAUCUAGACGCCUACCUUUGUUCCUUGCUUGUUACUGUGUUUAACCACUCACAGAAAUGAUCAGUCUUUCUCUAAUCUUUCUACUUGCUUUGUAUAAUACACUUAUGCAUCUUGGACUGUAGGAUGAAACCAUGUUGUCAGUAGAACUUGUUCUCAUCACUUUUGAGUAGAUGGUACAUUAGGAUAUGCAUACGGUAGUCCUGCACAUAUUGUUUUGUAAACACUAAUAUAUUUAAUUUGUUAUACCGCACAUGAACAUUAAACUCUAUUUUUUUGACA